CCACACCCCCCUUUAUUUUAGCAGUUCAGUUGGGUUCUUGCUGCUGCCGCCGCCGUUCUUCUCCUUUCUAGCCACUAUCUCAUAACGGAGCAUUUUGGGGAGCAAAUUCAGACUUCAUUAGGUCAGCAACACUUGUGGGGAUUGCCACUGUCCAUCCCAUCCUACGGCCAUUCUAAAGCGUAACAGUCCUCGACUGUCACUCAUCCUCCCGGGAUUUCUCAUUUCUCGCUUCCAAUAAAUAUAUAAACUAUGGCUAGAACGGAUCUUAUCCAGAAAGCCAAGCUGGCAGAGCAGGCUGAGCGCUACGACGACAUGGCAGAAUGUAUGAAGGCUGUUACAGAGAUGGGAGAGGAGCUGUCAAACGAGGAGAGGAACCUGCUGUCCGUCGCCUACAAAAACGUGGUUGGGGCGAGGCGGUCCUCAUGGAGGGUGAUAUCCAGCAUCGGACUGAAGACCGAGGGUUGCGAAAAGAAGCAGCAGAUGGUCAAAGAAUAUCGCGAGAAAGUGGAAUCAGAACUGGAUGAAAUCUGCAAAUGUGUUUUGAAACUGCUGGAUGACCAUCUAAUUAAAAAUGCUUCAAAUUCAGAGAGCAAAGUCUUCUAUCUAAAGAUGAAGGGUGACUACUAUAGAUACCUUGCUGAAGUUGCCAGUGGAGAGAACAAAACAAAUACCAUUGAAAGCUCACAGCAAGCAUACCAGGAAGCAUUUGACAUCAGCAAGGCUGAAAUGGAACCCACACAUCCCAUUCGUUUGGGCUUGGCACUUAACUUCUCGGUCUUCUUCUAUGAGAUCCUGAACUCUCCAGAAAAAGCCUGUGAAUUGGCCAAACAGGCAUUUGAUGAUGCUAUUGCAGAGCUCGACAAUCUACAAGAGGAGUCCUACAAAGACAGCACUCUUAUCAUGCAGCUCCUCAGAGAUAACCUGACAUUAUGGACAUCAGACAACGCCACUGAGGAGGGAGAGGGAGAAGAGGGCUCCAAGCCAUCGAACUAAGAAGCCCAAGCCCAUGCUGCUGGGGUUGACUCCAAAAAAUAAAAGGAAAAAAAACAACUUUUUAUACAUCCUUCAUUCCUUAAAAUGCUCCACUUAAACAUUCUACCAUGAAAACAUUGCUGAAAACGGUUGUGUAUUAAUAUGGGGGGGAAGAAACGACAAAAACGCACACUUGAUUUGGACACAAAAGAGAGAACCCUCCAUUCCUUUACUUUGUGGUCUCAGCCAUCCCCUUUGUGUGCAGUUUACCGUGAUUGCUAGCUCAACAUGAUAUCAGAUUCCCUACCUCAAUUAGAGGCAAAACAACUGGAAAGCUAAACUUCAUAAAAUGGAAAUGGUUGGAUUUUGUUCCAAUAACAAAUAUUACACACAUACUAAUUUCCUUGUAUAUCUUACUGUAGUACACCUGUCUCUACACAGCAGUUUUUAUUUUUUUGGGCCUUGUAUUUGAUAGACCCAAAGCAGGGGCAGAGAGAGGGGAAGACGUGGCAAAGGGCUGUGGGUCGGACUCGAACCCGGGCCGGCCGCUCUCAGACUUAUGGCAUGUGGUCGCCUGCUCGACACACUGAGCUAAACCGGUGCCCAGCAACAGAGGUUUAACUUCCCUCACUUUGUCCUGGGUCUGAUGAAGCAUUUAUACCUAGUGGGUAAUGGUGGGCCUCGUGUGAUCAAAUUCAGGGACAUGCUUGUCUCUUAAACCUUGUGGUGUUGACACACUUUCUGAACAUCAUAAGCAAGUUGUUAAUGCGCAUAACUUCCUUUAAACCUCUCUGGUGUGGCGAGUUCGAGAACAGCGCUCAGAGGCAGCCAGCUUGUGGAUGUCGAGGACUCUGACGUCCACGCACUAGACCCCGAUGGACAGCUGGUUGAAUUUCAGUGAACUUGUUUUUUCAUCACUCAUACACCGUGAUGAAACUUGAAGGAGUUUCCUGUAAUGUCCUUAAUGCAUCACUGUCUUGAUACUUGAUGUCCACUGGGAACUAGUUGGACUUUGUUUAUUUUCUCUCGUUGUAAAUUUCACGUCACAGAAGGAAAACCAGACUGAGAUGUGGAUGUUGAAGUAGAUGUUCACACUCCAGUCUUAUAUUCUGAUUUAUUUAUAAUGUCAGUCCUCCUCAUCCUCCAGCAGAGAGGCCACCUUAAUCUUCUGGGUCUUGUGCAUCUUCAGACUGACAUGGAAAAGACUGCUGUAACAUAAACCUGUCCAAAUGUCAAGUUUAUCCAUUUCUAAUGCAAGUUUGUACACAUCCUACAAAGGGUGAUUUGUUAGUCUGUCCAGUGAUUGUCACUAGAGAUUUGGACCACUAUUUUGCUAUUCAUUCAGUUGUAGACCCCCAGAAGCCUUGUUGAACAGUCUGUUGAAUCUGUAUGUAUCAGCUGUGUUAACAUAAAUAAAACAUUUUAUAAACCA